AUGAGUCAGUACACGACUUUGACCACGAUAUUUGUCCCUUUGCUGUUCGUGCUGUACUCUUACAUCCGUAUUCUGGUGGUGUGUAGAACCGGGUCGGUGGAAACCCGCAGGAAAGCUUGGCAGACCUGUCUCCCACACCUGGUGACUUUUGUGACGUACUCUCUGUGUCUGUUCUGUGAGCUCUCCAUCACUCGCUUCGACUCGGACAGUGUGGAUCCGUACGUGGUGGCCGUGCUGUCGCUGGAGUACCUGCUCAUACCCUCCCUGAACAACCCCAUCAUCUACGGACUGAAGCUGCCGCAGAUCCGAGCGCUCGUCUUCAGACGCUUUAAGAUCAAGCAAAAGAAAAGGCAAAAGCGGGUGGUAAUUUGA